GUAUAAGUUUCCUCAUUACGAUUUGACCGCGCCAGAGGCCAGACCUUGAGCUCGCGCCAUUUCUCUUGUUCGUCGCUUCUGUUACGUCUGUCCCAAAUCGAACAUGCAGGCUAGUGAUAGAUUUAACAUCAAUUCUCAGCUUGAGCACCUUCAGGCUAAAUAUGUGGGAACUGGGCAUGCUGAUUUAAGUAGAUUUGAAUGGGCCGUGAACAUUCAGCGUGAUAGCUAUGCAUCUUAUGUUGGACAUUACCCCAUUCUAGCAUACUUCGCCAUAGCAGAAAAUGAAUCUAUUGGAAGGGAACGCUACAAUUUUAUGCAGAAAAUGCUGUUACCUUGCGGCCUUCCUCCAGAAAGGGAAGAUGAUUGAGAUUCUUAUUGGGUUGUUAUUAGAAAUUGUAAAACUCUGGACCUAUGUUGGGUUGACGAAUCUCCUUUUGUAAUCGAACUCUAUGUUUUGCUAAGGAGAGAUGAACGGGAAGUAUGAAUUAUUUUCUCAUGUAAUGCUCCAGCCUGAGUAAGAAUUAGUUUCUGUAUCUACAACUAAAGACUCUGUGCUCUGUCGUAACCAUGAAUUGAUUUUAUUUGACAAGACCAUGAAUUUAAUUUGAGAGCUAUAGAUGCUGGAUUUGGCCCAGUCAGUUUAUAAUCA